AUGGCAUCCAAAACCACCACCCGAUCACUUCAAUCCCUCGCCCGGAAAGCACGUCAAAGAUGCCCAUGCGCCACGCCCAUAUCCUCCCGCUCAAAUACCGUCCGCCAAUUUUCAAUAUCAGCUUCGAGAUUAGAUACCCAAUAUGAUGAAGGAGGAGGGGCACGACCUAGAUGGUCAUACACACCACCGCAGAUGAAACUACCUUUCAACCCAAGAGCAAAUCAUGACUUACCGCAAUGGGAGGUGAACAGCGAUCCAAAACGAUUAGAUCGAUUUUAUACCCAAUUUCUAGGACGAGGAGGCGACGAGGUACUUUCAGAUGAAGUAAAGUGGCUUGCUGUUACACAUAAAAGUUUUGAUCAAGGUAGAAGAGGAUUUAACGAUCGAUUGGCAUAUUUUGGGCGUAGGAUAUUGAACUUGCAGACAAGUUUGGUUUUGUUACAAUCACCAGUUGCGACACAAACACAGUUACCUCAGAACACAGACGACCGGGAACAAUUUUCACAUCCUGCUCUGGACGGUUUGCCAAAUUUGACCAAUGUAAAAGUGGAUGAGAUUCUGAGCAAGGAGAGGUUGGCGAGCUUGGGAACUCAGAUGAAUAUGCGAGAUAUUAUUCGAUGGGAACCUCGAAUGAAAGAUGAUCUGGAAAAGUCUGGUAUAGAUGUUGUGAUUGCCACUUCGUUGUACGCUAUUAUUGGAGCGAUAGCAUUACAAAAGGGUGGUGAUGUUGCAGCAAAAGUGGCGAGAGAGAGAGUUGUAAAAUCUCUUGGUAUAUCAUAG